UCCGCGAUCACAGAGCUGACUGAGUGCCCGGGUAGAGGGGACCGGAAGUUGUUUUUUCGCCCCCCGCCCAGGGGCCGGCCGGGUGUCUGCGGGUUCGGUUUGGUUCCCGCCCUUGUCAGAGUCUCUCCUGGGCCGGCCCGGGGUGGGCUCCCCGCAGAGCCCGCCUUCGGGAGACGGUGUCCAUUCCCCGGUCUCCUAGCAACGCGGGCCGGGCCGCAGACCGGCGGGGCGGCGGGGCGGCCCGCAUAGCUCAGGCGCGAGCCGGAACCCACGGGCCGGAGCCGAAAACCAGAGCUUAAGAAUAAGCAGGAAAUGGCGGACGAGGCGUUGUUUUUGCUUCUCCAUAACGAGAUGGUGUCAGGCGUGUACAAGUCCGCGGAGCAGGGGGAGGUGGAAAAUGGACGCUGUAUUACUAAGCUGGAAAACAUGGGGUUUCGAGUGGGACAAGGAUUGAUAGAAAGGAAAAAUACCGUAUUACUUCUAGUUGAUCUUUUUAGGUUUACAAAAGAUACCGCGAGGUUCAAGGAUGAGUUAGAUAUUAUGAAGUUCAUUUGUAAAGAUUUCUGGACUACAGUAUUCAAGAAACAAAUCGACAAUCUCAGGACAAAUCAUCAGGGCAUCUAUGUACUUCAAGACAACAAAUUCCGUCUGCUUACUCAGAUGUCUGCAGGAAAACAGUACUUAGAACAUGCAUCUAAGUAUUUAGCAUUUACAUGUGGCUUAAUCAGAGGUGGCUUAUCAAACUUGGGGAUUAAAAGUAUUGUAACAGCUGAGGUGUCUUCAAUGCCUGCCUGUAAAUUUCAGGUGAUGAUACAGAAGUCAUAGAACAUACUGAAAUGCAAUGCUUCAACAGUGUAAAGAGUUAAAUUAUUCAUGUAUAAAGUAUUUCAAGUAGCAAUGAUUUAAUUAAAAUUGUUGGACAUUUGUGUUGAUAUAAGCUAUUUGCUAACUUAUAUAAUGAAAGAUGUACUCUUAAGUAGGACUAAGGUUGUGUUUUAUCAGUUUAACAUAGGUCAAGUUAAAGCAGAUAGAGACAUUCUACCAUAACAUAUACUUUAUUCAAACUAUUCAGAAUGAAAAAAUCCCAAUUUCAAAUAAAUAAACACCAAGUUGUAGGAUCCUUAUUUUAACAUUUCUACUUGCUUAGGGAUGUAUGUUUAACCACAGACAGAAAAGCAAAACUCAGGGUUUGAUAAAUUAGCAUAAAAAGAGUCAGAAUCAUUUGUGUAAGAAUGAACAAAUUUUGAUUCCUUUAUGAAUUUUAGUUAUUAAAAAAAGCAAACAGCACACUAAAUAAGAUUUUAUUUUAUUGCUUAUAAUUUAUUUCUAUUAAGGAUUUUUAUGCUUGUAUAAGUAUUUCAUUAUAUACUAGAGGCCCAUAUAAGGAUUUCAUUAUGUAUAGUGUAGAUGUGUGUGAGAUAUGUCAUAUCAGGCUGCCUAAAUUUACUCAAAAACAUAAUUUUACUUUAAUAGAAUUCAGUCCUGGAGAGAUCCAUUAAUAUAAUAAAAUUGAAAUAUAGAUUAGUUUAAAUGUGAAUUCAGUAACUCCAGGGCCAAAGAAUAUUAGGUAUUUUAGGUAGAAAUUUUUAUACUUAUUCCUGUUACAGUUUCAACUUUCAAUUUUUCUCCCCCUGCAUAGAAGUGCUCGUGAAGUAUUUAUCUUUUAUAUAUAUAUUAGAGGCCCAAUGCACAAAAUUCGUGCAAGGGGCUCUGAGGGCCAAGGCAGCAUCACCAGUCGCCGCCCUAGCCCUCGCAGCAGCAGCCUCGGAAGGAUGUUCAGUCUAAUUAGCAUAUUAUACUUUUAUUAUUAUAGAUUUUUUUUAAGGCAGAUCACUCCAGAUUGGUAGGUGGCAGAUUUUUGUGGUUUAUUUAUUGAUUUUUAGAGAGAGAAAAACAUUGAUUUGCUAUUCCACUUAUUUAUGCACUCAUUGGUUGAUUCUUGUAUGUGCCCUGCCCUGGGAUCAAACCCACAACCAUGGCAUUUCAGGACAAUACUAACCAAAUGAGUUACCCAACCAAGGUCUUCUUUAUCUUUAUUCCCUUAUUUACUCUUUCCCACAGGUUAGAAGGAGCGUUAGAUUCAGAGUGUGGUGAAGGUCUGUUUCCUAAUUCACAGAGGGGUAUCUCUUAACUGUCCUUAUCUGGUGUGAAGGGGACUAGCUUAUUACUCUCUGGGGUCUCUUUAAAUAAAGGCCCUGAUUAUAUUCAAGAGGGCUUUGCCCUCAUGGUCCAAUAAUCACUUCCAAAGGCCCUGUCUUAUACUGUUACCUUGGGGAUUGGAACAUGUGUGUUUUUGAGGACACAAAUAUUCAAUCCAUAGUAGAACCCAACAUGUCAUGAGUAAGGGAAAGCAGACUGAAAGCCAGGUUUACCUGGUGAAUUGUUUCCAAAUCUGACUAAAAUACUGCUGUAGGAUGGGAGUUCAAUUUAGGCAUCAGACUGGGAUUGGCACAAAUGUUGGGGUCAUAAAAGUUAAGACACUAAAUAGAACCUACAACUUUUUCAAAGUAUUCUUUGAAAAAUGAGUACUGUGAUCAAACUAGUGGCCCAGUGCACGAAUUCAUGCACAUUGCAAGGAAAUUAAUUAGAAGAAAUAUUUUAAUAUCACUAUUUGCUCUUUAUAAUAGAAGUGUCAACCAAAUUCAAGAUUGACAAUGACAGAUCGAAACACACGUGUGCGAUUGGUGCCAGCGAGAGCUUUAUAUGUAUUGCACAUGCCCGAGUCAACUUAGCCUUUUAUAGAUACAGAACAAACCUGCUUAGUCUGACCUGCUUUCUGAUUUAGCUAAACUUUUUCCAGCACAGUGAAGCACCCCAACUUCUCUUUCAGGUAAUUGUCAGCAACACAGUAGUAAAUAUUAACACGAAGCAUAUUAUUAUAGCUCAUGCAGGGAGAACAAAGGGUAAAAUAUUUAACUGUAGCAGUGUUUGACUAUAUUCUGUGCAGUGAGAAAACCUGAAGUCAUUUUCAAGGUCCACCAUUUCUUCUUUUCAGUUGAGUCAAGUCUCUAAACUUUCUAAAUCUCCGUUUUCCGGCUAAUGAAAAGAAAACAGGAUUCCACUGAGUCUCCUAUUUACCUACUCCAGGACUUCUGUGAGGAUCGAAUGAGAUGAGGCACGGGAAAACUCUUCACAGACAUUUGGUUACAGUGUAAAGUAUUUGCAGUUGGCUAUGAAGCAAGCUGGCUCCUGGGCUGAAGAAACUGCAAGGAGGCUAGUCGUCACCAGGGAGAGGAAGCUGGGUGUUGCUACGUGAUAUCAUUACCCAGACGGAGGGAAGGACACUUAGCAUAUUAGCCUUUUAUAUAUAUAGUUGCAUUUUGGAAAUCCAUCUUUUGUUCUAACACAUAUUAAUGGCAUGUUUAUAGGUUCAGAAAAAAAAAAUUUAUUUAACCUAGUAUUUAAUUGCAGAGCCAUUUUUUCCAGAAACACUACCAGCCCAAAUAAAUCAACAUUCUAGGGCAAUUUGGGAAACAUUUGUUUUAGAAAUUUGGUGGCAAUUGGUAAUAUGCAUAGCAAAAUAUAAUUGUGAUACAAACAAGAGAUCAAAUUGACAUCUCUAUAAUUUUUUAAAAUGACUUAA